CAAUGCGGAAGUGGACCAUUUCAAGUGAAAGAGCAAAACAUACGGGGGCGUAGAGUUAUUCAACCUGGACCACCGUUACAUUGGGCUCUGCUGGAGUGGUUUCGUAGACUGCGUGCUGUUUUUCGACGGUCGCACCCGGGCCUUGGCAGAAUGCUGAGCGCCGCCGCCGCGGAGAGGAACAAGGAGCCCAUCCUGGCGGUGCUCCUGGAGAACGUCAACACCGGGAGACCGCUGCGGGCUCUGGAGGUGUCCUCCGGUACCGGGCAGCAUGUCACACACUUUGCUCAGGCCCUGCGGAAUGUCAUGUGGCAGCCCUCCGAGUACGAUCGCCAGUCUCUCGCCAGUAUAGAAGCGUACAGAGCUCGCUACCAGCUGAACAAUGUGAUGCCUGCCAUCUACCUGGACGCUUCUCUGCCCCAUCAGUACUGGGGAGGGGUUCAGCCGGAGACCAUGGACCUGGUCGUCAAUAUAAACAUGAUCCACAUUUCCCCGAUGGCUUGCACAGAGGGUUUGUUCACAGGGGCUGGAGCGGUGCUGAAGCCACGAGGACUUCUACUGACGUAUGGGCCAUAUGCAGUGAAUGGUCAGAUUACUCCUCAAAGCAACAUAGAGUUUGACUACAGUUUACGUCAAAGGAACCCAGAGUGGGGCCUGCGAGACAUCUCCUUCCUGUGCGCUUUGGCACAAAGAAACGGUCUGUUCCUAGAGAAAAUGGUGGACAUGCCUGCAAACAACAAAUGUCUUCUCUUCAGAAAGGAGAGUUUGGUGUGAAGCAUCCUGUCGACUCAGGACGUUCCAAGAGCCUUAACUUGCAUCAGAAGCUCGGACACGUUGCCAAAUAGUUCCAGAACUCGUAAUGGUCUAAUACACAACCGACAUAGGCCUGAACAAUCAUUCAUGUAUUGCACCCUUUAAUUGCUUAAGUAUAGUGUAUUUCCCUAGAUGCUUCAGAGAGACUGGCAGUGAAACUAAGGCUGAAGUGCUUUGUAGAAAGAUGCAAGAGGGAGAACAUGAUGUACAGAUAAGAACCUUAUAAAAACUAAAUGUAUUAACAUAACAUAAUAAUGUAACAUAUAACUACAUAUACUUCUCUUUAGAAUCACAAGCUACAGUAAGCGUUUUGUAAAAAUAAUACCUGCUUUUUCAGCUACAGUUCUUUUUUGCUCUCACAAUGCAGAAUGACUUACUAAACGUUCAGCGCUGCUAUAAAUGGGCUUACAGGACACAUGGAAUGUAGGUACAACCUGUGUGGUAACGAGUAUAUAAUGUACAUGCAAAUUACCCCAUCACGUCGUUAACAUACAGUAUUUGACAUACUUCUUUUGAUUCAAGCGAUUAAAAUCAGCUCUCCUCAUUGCA